CUUCCUUCCUCGUAUCUUCUUUUGUUUCUUGGAAAGUUUGUUUCUUGAUCAGAAAAGAAGUACCAUGAUUGGAAGUUAGAUUCAUCUGAAUAUUCAAUCCAUAACAUCACAAAGUGUUUGGAUACUCAAAUGUUUAAGUUGUGGAAAUGGUACCAGAAUUGCUUGGUGUCUCACCCAGUUAAGACACAGGUCAUUAGCUCUGGUUUGAUUUGGGGUGUUGGUGAUAUAGCUGCCCAGACCAUCACUCACUCCACAGCCAACAAGGACAAUCAAAUUCAAACUCAAACUCAUCAGGGAGAAGAUGAAGAGUUAAAGAUCAAUUGGAGAAGAGUGAUUAAAACCAGCUUGUUUGGAUUCGGGUUUGUCGGGCCAGUUGGUCACCUUUGGUAUCAAGGUUUGGAUCGAUAUAUAAAAUCACGACUUCUACUGAAGCAGAACUCAUUUCGAUUUGUUGCUUCUAAAGUUGCGAUUGAUGGGUUUCUUUUUGGCCCACUGGAUUUACUUGUAUUUUUCACUUACAUGGGUUUUGCUGCUGGAAAGAGUGUUCCUCAAAUAAAGGAAGAUGUAAAAAGGGACUUUCUCCCAGCCUUUGUUCUUGAAGGAGGCAUAUGGCCAAUUGUGCAAGUAGUAAAUUUCCGAUUUGUACCUGUUAGGUAUCAACUCCUCUAUGUCAACGUCUUCUGCUUGUUGGAUAGCUCUUUUCUGUCAUGGCUCGAGCAACAGGAGGAUGCUUCAUGGAAACAAUGGUUGAAAUCUUGCUUAAGGUUUAGUGAACAAGAAGGCAAAGGUGGAUGAUUGCCUGCCAACUACUGUUGCAGCUGAUUAUGGUGGAAGCAGUCGUCAGAAAAUGUAAAAACACUUGAGAAUGAAUACUUAGGUACCGACUAAGUUUUUUGAAGUUGGGACUUACGAAGUGAUGGAUUUGCAUGCCUUAUGCAGUCCUCACUUGCAAUACCAGUUUUACUGAUUUGUACUGUCAGUGCAUGUUGGAUUUGCAUCCAAUUGAGUAUUUCCAUCAAGGUUUCUCCUGUAAUACGUUGCUACAUGUUUACGGCGAAAGAAUUUUAUGGGAUAUGAAAUCUGGAUCUCUGAUUUGUACUCCCUGCUCCCUAAUUGCUGAACCAGGGGAGCAAGGACUCUGGUAAAUUGCAUUCAAAUCC